UUAGCGAUGGAAGCUCUCUAUCUGCUGGGCUCCAUCGUCGCUACGUGCUUCACGUCCCUCCUCCUCUCCCUCCUCCUCCCCCUCCACGCCCUCCUCCGCCGGCUCCUCCGCCGCCGCGCCGCCGCCGGCGGUUCCUCCCCGGUCGACGAUGGCGGCGGCGACUCGGCCGCUCUCUACGAGGGCACCGUCUGGCACGAGCGCCGCCGCCCCGUCCGCCACUCGUUCCAGUACGCCGUGAGGUACGCGCUCAUCGACCUCGACCGCGCGCCCCGCGCGCCGCCCGGCCACCUCUCCGCCGACGAGGCUCGACGGUUCGCUGAUACGAACGGACCCAUAUUUCUCUUGACGAUACCUCCUAGCGUGGGAUAUGAACAGAACCCAUUGAGCUUGUACUAUUGCUAUAAUCUAGAAGGUGCCGCUCAACAUUUGCACAAGUGCAUUGCCGAGGUAACUAAUACACCAUGGGGUGAGAGGGUUUUGUUUGUUUUCAAUCCAAAUUCUGAUCUGGUUGCGAAGCCCCUGCAUGUCAGUCCAUUCAUGGACAUGCUUGGGAAUUGGAGUAUAAAAGCAAAUGCUCCCGGGGACAAUCUAUUUGUGGCUAUUUCAGUUCAGCAUCCCAAGCUUGGUAACUACUUCACAGCUACCCUAAAAGCCCAAAGAGUUUCCUCAUCAACUGUGUCGAAUCAUGCAACAUUCUUCUGGUUGAUGCCCCAUAAGGUGGCAUUAUGGAUAUACUGGCAUGCUUUUAAGCUCUGGUGGAAAAAUGUGUCUUUCAUCCAGCACCCACGCUAUUCAAACCCUGCAUAUAGAGAGGAAGCAGCAGAACGCGAUCAAGGACUUAGAUGUUGCAAAGCAUUUCAUCCAGAUGGAAUGAAAGAUUCACCACCUAUCGGAACUGAUUCGGAUUCUUCAUCUGGCAAAAGUCGGGUUGAUCGAUGUUUUGUUUGGAGGGACGCAAAGUGGCCCUGGUCUUGAUCCUGAUUCUUGAGGAGAAGCUGCCCACUAUAUUGACCGCCUCUUAUUCUUUGUAAUAGCUGUUACUGUUAUUCUCUUUUCGGAUCUCUUUCCGUAUACCAUGGGAAUUGCGACGCUCUGUUUUUUCAAAUAUUGUAAAUGAUGCAGCUAUGCACCAUCAGAUCCGAGAGAGGUCUCUUCGAACAAGCGGCUAGCUACAUCUCGACAAGAGGAAACAGGCUCCAUUAAUUAAUGAACUCUAAUGAA